AUCAGCUCGCAAGACACGCGGUAGCGACCUGGGUACCCAAGUCUUUUUGCAUCAUUCCCAACGACCGUGUUUUUGCAGAAAGACCUGAGGGGAUCUGAGGUCAACUUACCGCUGCUUCCACGAUCCUUCCACAUUCGAUAGAUCCACAUCUCGUUUGGCUGUUUUAUAUGCACCUCCAGCUAGCAAGGAAACCAUUCAUCUCACAAGCCUCCACCCCAUUUGGUUCUCCUCUUCCCAGCUUACCAGCUUCUAGGGUAUCUCAAGUGUUCGAUCUUCUCAAGAAAUGGCCAAUAAGGAGACCGUUCUAAGCACAUUACCGAAGGACCUACCAUUAGACUUCUUGAGGACAAUCACAAAUAAUUUCUCAGCGGACCGUAUUAUCGGUACAGGUGGAUUUGGCACAGUUUAUAAGGGAAUUAUGCCAGACGAGCAACUGAUUGCUGUGAAGAAACUUGCGGAAAAUGCGCCGCUCGCACGCGACAAAGCGUUUACCAAUGAGGUUCAGAACAUGAUGGCUCUCCGCAAUGAGAAUAUAGUCAAGUUGCUUGGGUACUGCCAUGAAGGGCAAAAGAAAGUGGUACAGAACAAUGGAAGAUAUAUUGUUGCAGAUGUCUUUGAAAGUUUGCUCUGCUACGAAUAUUUACCUGUGGGAAGCCUUCAGAAGAACCUGUUUGAAGGACCCAGUAACAUGGCGUGGCACACGCGCUUCAAAAUAAUUAAGGGGAUCUGUAAUGGUUUACUCUUCCUUCAUAGGAUUCCUAUUAUCCAUAUGGAUUUGAAGCCUGAGAAUAUAUUGUUGGAUCAUAACAUGACGCCGAAAAUUGCGGACUUUGGUCUUUCCAGGCUCUUUGGCCAAGAACAAACACGGGCAAACACACAGAAUGUUGUUGGAUCAUACGGAUACAUAGCUCCGGAAUAUCUAUACAGAGGUGAAAUCUCCGCCCAGUCAGACAUAUACAGCUUAGGCCUACUAAUCAUCGAGACCACCACUGGCGAGAAGAAUCAACCCAAACAGAACGAACCAUCAGCAAGGGGAUUUAUUGACCAAGUACAAAAAAUUUGGACAGACGGACACAUAGCGUCCAAGUACCCACGGUUAAACCCAAAUGACCUCCUGGAAGUAAAAGUAUGCAUCAAAAUUGGUCUAGAGUGUGUGCAGAUUGAUCGAAAGAGUAGACCUUCCAUCGAAAAAAUAGUUGAGAGGCUCGAUGGACGCUGUGCAAACUGAAUGGAAAAGCAGGUAUAAAUAUUAACCAUGGACUGGAUCAGGAGCUCUUUUUUGAGACCACUUAGUUACAUGAAAGUUCAAAGGAGUUUCAGUAGUUUUACCACUUUCUGAGAAAUCUAUCGCUGAAAUAUCCUAUUGCUUCCUAUGCAGUAAUACUGUUCCAAAUGACGAAACUCCACAAAAUCCAUGUAAAUAUUUUGGAAUCGAAAUGUAAAUAGUUAUUAAACCCUCCAAAGUUCACAUCUACAGCUGAAAUUAGAUUGCAUCAAGCUGGGACUAAAGUGGAUUGUGAUGAUCCUUCUGCCAAACUAGCAA